UAAAGGUAUUUUUAAAUAUGCGUAUUAAAAAUACACUAUGAUUAUUUUCUUAAUGUAUAAUCUGCUACGGAAUUGAACGAAAUAUUCAAAAGAGCCAGAUUUCAUAUAUCGUACAGUUCACUUUUUCAUUUUAUAACAUGCAGUUCGUAAUUAGUACAUCCGGGUCUAAAAGGUUCAUGAGUGACACGCGUGAUGCGUGUACAAUCACAAUUUUCACUCAUCGUACGACAAUUAACCACGGGUGUCAUCUGUUAAGUGAAACGGACUGGUAUCGCCAAAAGCACGUCACUAUCUUAUUACAUGCAUUGAUGUAACACAUAAACCUUGUUUUUAUACCACUUUACCACAGCUAUCUCGUUAUUAUCUGAUGUGUUCGAUUGAAAGUUAAAUGCGAAUGUACUCUGGUGUAAUUUUAGGUGUUAUUAAUAGUCAGUCGUCUGUAUAUAAUAUUGUUGCAAUUGCUCACGCCAUUUUAAAUGUGCAUUUUCUUUUUAUAUCAGUAUUUUACUCUCGUUAUGCGGCUAAAUUUUGUUCGAUAAUGAUGACGACGGCGAUAUCAUUAGAUACACCAGUUUAAGUUGGGAUGUUGAUGGUGAUGGUGAUGUUUAAUUAUGGUAGAUGAAGAAGAUGGGCGAAUCGAGAGGAAUUAUGAUAUUUAUGAUACUGAUAUUGUUGAUGAUCAGCAAUACCCUAUCAUAAACCCGCACGUCCCGAAGCUUUAUAAGGAAACGUUUAUAAGAAUUCAUGAAGUUCAUACAAAUCGCCUCGUAUUUCGAGUUGUGGUGUUUUAGCAUUUAAGUUACGUAGAGCUUUGGAAAAAAACAGCCAAGGAUUAGAGUGUUGCUGUUGCUGAAACUAUAUAGAGAAUACUAAAUUAGUAUUGAACAACGAUAAGUUUAUUUAGUAAGGCUUUGAAAGCCUUAACCACGAAUCUGUGCGAGUGAUUCAGGGUUUUAUGCCGAGUAAAUAAACACCUGUGUUUAAUACUAACCUGGUGUUCUAUAAAUACUACAAUUUCCGUUGUUUUUCUGUCUUCAUUGCGAACCUUAACCAAAUAAAAUACAUAGGCCCUAGCUGAAAACAAUACAACAUCAAAUGACGUCCUAACAUAAACAUGAUGACAUAACUAUAUUGUGCGUGUUUGCUCUAUCAACAGAUUUGCACCAACAGUUAUCAGAAUAUAAGGUGUUUAUGCGGAUAUAAUGAUGAUAUAAAAUCGAUAAGGAUAACAGAGGCAGGAGAAUGAUGAUGAUUGUGGCUAGUUAAAGAUAUUAAAUGUCGACAUUUUAUAACACUGAAAAUUUGCCAAGCAUGAAAACAUACCACAUGAUGUUUUCUUAAUUUGAUUUAGGCUCAACCCUUUUUCCGGUAUACGCACAUGUCAUGCGCGCAGCGCAAGCGCAUUGAAGUACUUCCUGCAGAGACCAGAUGUGAUCAACUGGCGAAAACCGUGCGUUUUUACAGGGUAACCGACGGUCUUCACCUCUCCAAGCUUCCGGCCGAUGAAGCCGCCACCUUGCGGAAGGACUGGGAGGGCAAACGCUACAGGGAGAACCUCGAAGAGCACUUCCGGGCCGUCAUCGAGCAGUUCGAUAGCAGCUGCCUCCGCGACGAGCGCGGCGACCUUCUUGCGUACGCGUGCUUGCAAUUCAAUGGAUCGAUCGCGAUGUUUUGCGUGAAGGCGGAGCAUCGCGAUAAGGACUAUUUUAAGAUCGUAUUGUCCGAUCUUCCGCUGACGCGGCUGCGCAAAGGGGAGGUCUCUUACGGGUUCAUUCCGACCAACGACUCUGAUCUCGUCGACCAGAUGCGCUCCUCGGACUUCGUGUGGGUGCCGACGGGUGAUAUGGUAUGGAGGCUGUGCGAGCCCCUGAAAGUGAAUCGAUAAAAUCUGCCGUCGUCAACGACGUCGGCGUUUCCCUUCUCACAUUCCCCAGACGAUAUUAACGACUGCAUGUGCUCGUCGCUUGCGAUAGAUCAAAAAGCGGCCGACCAAUGAAGGCGAGAGUUCGAGACGAAACGCAUUACAAAGUCGACGCAGCCUACCGAAACGCUGACAACGCUGGUGUCCCAGACGUCGUGACGUCAAAUAAAAAUAGUAUAAAGAUAA